AUGGAGCUUUUUCAGUACAUCCCGGAGUACCGGAUCUGGAUCUGCCAGGCCUGUCGAUAUGCAGUGUCACCAUCCCGCCUUCUGGCGCAUUUGGCAAAGAAACAUAGCCAUGAUUAUCGAACCAAAACCCAGAUUCAGCGACAGCAUAUACUCGAGGAGAUGCUGAAAAAACCCUGGAUUGAUCCGUGGAAGGAAAGCUUGCGAUUCCCACCGCCUACUAGUGCUCCUGUUGCCUGUCUUCCUAUACAUCAAGGCUAUCAAUGUCCAAGUAUCAAGUGUUCCUACAUAGCAGGAGCCAAAAACACUGUGCGCAUUCAUCUCAUGGCGCAGCAUCCUGAGAUCCCUAAAAAUCCACGCGGGGGUCCCCGUACGCUCACCCAUCAACCCCAUAUCUAUCCUCGAGUAUCUUGCCAACGAUUUUUCACCACUGGGCGUAGUAGUCAAUACUUUGCCGUGACCCCUCUAUCAUCUCACAACCAAGAGCAGUCUCCAGCACUACCGUCUAUUACACACUGGAUCGAAGCUCAGAUCAACACUGCUUUAGCCCGGAGUGAGGCGAUGAUUGAUGUAGCGAGCAAGACCAUCCAAAGCCACAGCGUACCCACGGAAGCCUCCCCCUGGUUGGAUAUGACUCGCUGGGGAGACUAUCUCCGUGGAUAUUCCUUUCAACAAGUAGCACCGCUUGGUGCAACCCCUGAUCUAUCCCAGGAACCACUACUCGUGGAAUUUGCGAGUAGUAUUAAUCGAAUCAUCCAGCAAGCCUAUCAGUCCAUCCAGGAAGAUCGGAUUAACGUUUUUGAUCAAGUCCGGAUUAAUAGUUUUCUGCAGCGCCAGCGGGCGUGGGACCGGCCCUUAUUUAUCCGACUCAAGAAGGCUACCUAUCGAAGUUAUAAGCAUCUCUGGCAACGAUUGAUAUUCUUUGUCUAUCGUUCGACCCAGCCUGACCAGCCUAUCCGAUUACGCCAUCAGCUCACCCCAUCACAAUCCCGGUAUUUGGACGAGAUGGUGGACUAUAGGAUGGAGGUAUUGGCGUAUCAGGGCCAGAUAACGCGGCCUGCCAGUAGCUCGAUCCGGGGGUCGACACUCGCAGAAGCGCGAGCAUUGCUGGACCGGGCUUGUCUCCGUCUCUCCAUUGCCCUGCUGGAUCACACGCUGAAAGGAGACCUCUUCGAAAGCGCGCUGGUUGGGUUUCUUGCUAUACUGGGUGUUGAUGCAGAGAAACAGACUUUUCGGGACGCGUAUACAUACACCCCAUCAUUAUCUGGUCUAGUCAAGAUGGCUCAGAUGUUCGUGGUUCAGGAAGCUGUUAUGUAG